AUGGACAUACCACAACGUUCGCCAUCUGACACAGACGAUGAGCCCAGCCGGCGCCAACGGGCACGCACCGACCACUGCCGGCGCCAACAGGCACGCACCGACCAGCGCCGGCGCCAACAGGCACGCACCGACCAGCGCCGGCGCCAACAGGCACGCACCGACCAGCGCCGGCGCCAACAGGCACGCACCGACCACCAAGCCAGCAAAUUGGUCAACCCCUUCCUUGACAUUGACCGACCCGCAUCGGAUGAAGAGCUACCCGCCCCGGAAACCCUUGAUGGGACCCGCCCCCCAGCCAAACUCUUGACCGUUGCGCUCGGCGCCCAGAUACCCCAACCCGAGCACACAACCAUCAUCCUCUCCACCCUUGCCGCUGUCCUUAAGAGACUCAACACCUUGACCCAGAAACAAUCACCGCAGAAUCCCCUUGAGCUGCCGACCGCUGCCAAUCUCUCAUUGGCCAAACAGAUCCGCAUAUUCCAGUUCUCCCCAGAAGCCAAGGUCAGCCCCUAUAUUCCUUUUCCCCCUCCCCGAACGACCCCAGUGCUCCCCUAUUGACCCCCUUUGGACCCCUCAUCCACUCAGGAAUCCUCCGCCAGCAGGCCCGUGAGUGGAUGUUGCAACCGGACUUCAAGGCCUACACGGAGAAUACCCGCAACUGCAGGCUUUUCCG